UAGCUGCGGAUUCUCGCCUACCAACUCCAGCGCCAACCCGGACCCGGACCCAGAGCUUCUCCGCGCAGCUCCGCCACCCCCGGGAGUCCCGGGGCGCACCUGCAAACUCCCGCUUGUGCACCGGCCGCCCCCGAGCCGGUGCGGGAGCCCGAGCGAGCCAUGGCCAACGCGGGGCUGCAGCUGCUGGGCUUCAUCCUGGCUUUCCUGGGCUGGAUUGGCUCCAUCAUCAGCACGGCGCUGCCCCAGUGGAGGAUUUACUCCUACGCUAGCGACAACAUCGUGACGGCCCAGGCCAUCUACGAGGGGCUGUGGAUGUCCUGCGUGUCGCAGAGCACCGGGCAGAUCCAGUGCAAAAUCUUCGACUCCUUGCUGAAUCUGAACAGCACUCUGCAAGCAACCCGUGCCUUGAUGGUGAUUGGCAUCCUGCUGGGACUAGUAGCCAUCUUUGUGGCCACUGUCGGCAUGAAGUGUAUGAAGUGCCUGGAAGACAACGAGGCACAGAAGAUGCGGAUGGCUGUCAUUGGGGGCGUGAUCUUUCUUAUUUCAGGUCUGGCUAUUUUAGUUGCCACAGCAUGGUAUGGCAAUAGAAUUGUUCAAGAAUUCUAUGACCCCAUGACCCCGGUCAAUGCCAGGUAUGAAUUUGGUCAGGCUCUCUUCACUGGCUGGGCUGCUGCUUCCCUCUGCCUUCUGGGAGGUGCCCUACUUUGCUGCUCCUGUCCCCAGAAAACAACAUCGUACCCAACACCAAGGCCCUAUCCAAAACCUGCACCUUCCAGUGGGAAAGACUACGUGUGACACAGAAGCAAAAGGAGACAACCCUGUUGGAACAAUCAGAAAAUGAACAUUGAAAUACUGUAUUGGCGUUAAGGUCUUAGAUUUUGACUAUUGUAGUCUGAACUGUGGUAUUACCAAAAGAACAUAUUUUGUUAAAUACCCAUUGCUAAAAAUGACAUAGUCUUAUUUUAUCUCCUUUCCUCAAUAUAAGAGGGAAGCCUUUUCUAUUUGUAUUACUGCUUCCCACUGAGUCAUCAUCUCAAAUGUGGGGAGAGGGCAUUCCUUAAGUAUAUAUAGAUAUGUACAUGUACAUGUUUUUCUAUUAAAAAGUUAGGUAGUAAAACCUCAUUAUGUUGGUACCAGCAUUCUUAAAAUAUAUCUAAAAAAAGAAAAAUAUAUUUAUAUUGAUUAAAUAAGUAGUUUAUUUGGUAUUCUUCUCUUCUUUCUUUAUGUAUACAUAUAUAAUAGGUCAAAUAUCAUUUACCCUCCUUCAUCAGCUUUUAAUGUCUUUCACAGAAGACCUGACCUACUUUACCAAGUAUGAAUUAUUUCAGUUCUUCACAUGUGCCCUUUUCAUAUGUUUGUAUCAUAUUUUUUUUUU